AACCUGCCUGACACACACACACACACGCGCAGCGCAGAGUGUUUCAUGCGCACCAGAGAGACUCGAGGAACAGACCCAGAGACUCCAACAUCUGGACUCACACCAUGAGCGCGCGCGGGUCCUUCUGAUGACGCGACAGUUCCCGGCAUAAGAAUGGAGUUCCCAGAGCAUAGCCGGCAGUUGCUUGCGUGCCUGAGUCAGCAGAGACAGCAAGGCUUCCUCUGCGACUGCACCGUUCUGGUGGGACCGACCCGCUUUAAAGCGCACCGAUCCGUCCUGGCCUCCUGUAGCAUGUUCUUCCACCUCUUCUACCGGGACCAGCCGGAAAAACGGGACCUCGUGCACUUGAACAGCGACAUCGUGACGGCGCCGGCUUUCGGGUUGCUUCUCGAAUUCAUGUAUGAAGGAAAGCUCGCGCUGGGAAAUCUUCCCGUCGAGGACGUCCUAGCCGCCGCGAGCUAUCUGCACAUGUACGACAUCGUGAAGGUGUGUAAGGGAAAACUGAAGGAGAAGGAGAUGUGCGACGGGAUCGGGCAGAAGGCGAACGGUCACCCGGAUCUUGUAAGUGUCAAUUAUGUGUCAGCAGAGGCCGAGGUUUGUGUCCGAACAGCUGGAAGGACAAAAGCGGAUGUCAGGAGUUCCCAAAGGUCGGAUGACACGGAUUGCGCGCUGGAUUUGUCUUUCAAGCCUCUCCGAGACGACGCGUGUGUUGCGGGACAGCUGGCCCUCGACAGCCAGCAGCAGGACACCGAGACACUUGUUAAAGAUGAACAUGACUUGCUGUCAGAGCAGGAGGACGGUGAUCCGGAGAGCCCGGAGAGCCAGCGCUUUGGGAAUAACGCCAGGAGUUCAGUGGUGACAGGGUUCGCUGAACUCUUCCCGGGAAACAAGUCCGGUUUGCUCCCUGCGGACGACGAGCUGAUGGACGAGGGAUUGCGUGUGCGUUCGGAGCGCCAACUCGGAGACAGCGAAGGCGAAGACGAGGACGAUCUCGCGUCUUCGGACAUCUCCACAUCCAGCGGGAUUCUUCUCCCGACGGGAGGCCAGCAGGUGUGUGUGUGUCCGUUGUGCAGCAAGGUUUUCCCGAGCCCACACGUGCUCCAGAUGCACCUCAGCGCUCACUUCCGGGAGAAGGACGGCGUUCGCUCGAAACUCUCUCCCGACGGAUCCGUUCCCACGUGCGGGCAGUGCGGGAAGACCUUCUCCUGCAUGUACACGCUCAAACGGCACGAGCGCACACACUCCGGGGAGAAGCCGUACACAUGCGGACAGUGCGGGAAGAGUUUCCAGUACUCGCACAACCUGAGUCGGCACGCCGUGGUUCACACACGCGAGAAGCCACACGCAUGCAAGUGGUGUGAGAGACGCUUCACGCAGUCCGGAGACCUGUACCGGCACAUACGCAAGUUCCACUGCGGACUCGUCAAAACACUGGCCGUGGGAUAACUGAAGAGCAAGCUGUAAUCAGAAUAUAAUAAUA